AUGGGAAAUGACUCUGCAGUGACGGAAUUCUUUCUCGUGGGACUUUCCCAGUAUCCAGAGCUCCAGCUUUCCCUAUUUGUGCUCUGCCUCAUCAUGUACUUGAUAAUCCUUCUGGGCAAUAGUCUACUCAUUAUCAUUAGUGUCGUGGAUUCUCGACUCCAUACCCCCAUGUACUUUUUUCUUGGGAAUCUCUCUUUCCUGGACAUCUGUUACACAUCCUCAUCCAUUCCUCAAAUGCUUGUCAUGUUCAUGUCAGAGAAAAAAUCCAUCUCCUUCCUUGGUUGUGCUCUACAAAUGGUUAUCUCACUUGGCUUGGGCUCUACGGAGUGUGUCCUCCUAGCUGUGAUGGCCUAUGAUAGGUAUGCAGCCAUCUGCAAUCCACUGAGGUACCCUAUAAUCAUGAACAAGGUAUUGUAUGUGCACAUGGCUGUGUGGUCCUGGGUCAUAGGCUGUCUAAACUCUCUGGUGCAGACAGUCUUGACCAUGGUGUUACCUUUCUGUGGUAAUAAUGUCAUUGAUCACCUUACCUGUGAGAUCCUGGCUCUUCUAAAACUUGUAUGCUCAGAUAUCACCAUGAAUGUGCUUGUCAUGACAGUGGGCAGUAUUGUUCUGUUGAUGAUUCCUCUGCUGUUAAUUUUCGUGUCCUAUAUUUUUAUCCUGUCUUCCAUCCUGAGAAUUAAUUCUGCUGAAGGAAGAAAGAAAGCCUUUUCUACCUGUUCAGCCCACUUAACUGUGGUCAUUCUGUUCUAUGGUUCAGCCCUUUUUAUGUAUAUGAAACCCAAGUCAAAGCACACCACAGCAUCUGAUGAAAUCAUCGGACUGUCUUAUGGAGUCGUGACUCCAAUGUUGAAUCCCAUCAUCUACAGCUUAAGGAAUAAGGAGGUAAAAGAAGCUGUGAAGAAAGUUUUGAGCAAACAUGUGUAUCUACAGAAAAUCUGA